AUGGCGGCGCCACGAUAUCUCGUGAAUUUCGAUUGGCGCCAGAGCCGCCAUAGGCCGAUGCGCUUCGCUUUUCAGGCCCGCGAUAAACCUCGCCAGUCUGACAUCAAUUUCAUCGAGAUCUUUUCCGCAACUACGAACGACAGAUGUUCCGUCCCCCCUGAGCAAGCCGCUCCAUCGACCACAGCAGUCCUAGCCAUCCGGCGAUUGACUGCAGGUGCCUCCGCCUCGCUCCCUACGGCCGUGCCUCCUACGUCCGACACGGCAUUCCACACCUCUUCAAACAAUAUUAGCGGCGAGGCUGCGACAGAGAUAUCCCAGAAAGCGACAAGCGAAAAAGCGGCAGGCAACGCAGAGGACUUGGCCACAGACGGUUCUCUCUGGGACAGAGCAUAUGAUGAUCUUAAGGGCGAAAAAGACAAAGAGCCUAACCUCAUUGACGUAUAUGAGGAUCUUUUGUCUAGGGUGCUCAUCGGAGCCCCGUCGAAAACACCACCAUCUCCGCAAGAGAGAGACGACGCCAGCGAUGUCAAGAAUUUAACUCCUCAGCACGAUGCAAUCGCACGCCGUGAGAAGCUGAGGCAAAUAACGGAGCUUGGUCUGAAACAUAUGGAAGAUAAGAAUGUCAGUACAACACUGUUGGGACACAAGAUUGUCCUGCAAGAUGUCGUGGCAAACGUCGCCGGGGCUGUGGGAUGGGCCGAAGACUACAUCAAGGAUGCUGUCAAGGACCUACCGUACGCGUCCAUCAUUGUGGCUGGCGUCUCUCUUGUCCUUCCACUCCUAAAGAACCCGCCCGCAGUCGAAGCUGCCAAUCAGGACGGGUUCACAUACGUUACCUCCCAGAUGCGCUACUACGUCGCGAUGGAGUCGCUGCUGUUACCCGAGCAUAUGAAAGCCGACCUGAAGGCCGAUCUUACGGACCGUCUUAUCGAUCUGUACAAACUUAUCAUUGACUUUCAGGUGCGGAGCGUCAUACGGUUCUAUCGGAGUCGAACCAAGAACUUUUUUAGAGGGACUAUCAACUACGACGGCUGGGACAAGAAGAUCCAGAACAUCAAGGAGAACGACGCUGCUCUUGUGCAGAAGUUCGAGACAGCUAUGUCUGGCACCGGUCUCGACAUCUCUAGAAGUAGUCUCCAGGAGUUACGGAAACUUGCCCAGGAAGCAAGUAAACAGCGCGCAAGCCUUAGCAGCCUGAUUCGCAUCUCUCAAGAGCAGCUGAGCGUUUUGCAGAGAAUCGACCAACAUAUCACGGAUCCCCAGGACCAAAUCUGUCUGCAGCAUCUCCGAACCACUAACCCCCGCGACGACAAGGACCGUAUUGAGAAGGAUAAAGGCGGCCUGCUCAAAGACUCGUACCGCUGGAUUCUCGACAACGACGAUUUCAGACACUGGCGCAAGGACCCAAAGAGCCGUCUGCUCUGGGUCAAGGGUGAUCCUGGCAAGGGCAAGACAAUGCUCCUAUGCGGAAUCAUUGAUGAGUUGACAAAGUCGACCAACACUGCGGCCGUCUCUUUCUUCUUCUGCCAGGCUACCGAUGUGCGUAUCAACAACGCCACGGCUGUCCUGCGAGGCCUACUUUACCUGCUUGUGAAGCAGCAGCGAUCUCUCAUCUCCUAUGUACGCGAAAGCUAUGACGAUUCCGGAAAGCAGCUCUUUGAGGACGCAAAUGCAUGGAUGGCCUUGUCGAAGAUCUUCACCAACAUUGUCAACGACGAGCGUCUACAGAGCACUUACCUGGUUAUCGAUGCGCUCGACGAGUGCACCAGAGACCUGAGCCUGCUUCUUGACCUCCUUGUCCAGAAGUCAUCCGUAUGCCCGCGCGUCAAGUGGAUCGUCUCUAGUCGCAACUGGCCGAGCAUCGAGAAGGAUCUUGACACCGCUACGCAGAGAGUAGACCUGCGACUUGAGCUGAAUGAGAAUUCCGUCUCCGCAGCUGUUACAAUAUACGUCCGGUUCAAGGUUGAGAGGUUAGCGAAGCGAAAUAACUACAGCAAGGAUACGCAGGACGCAGUCGAGCGCUACUUGUCUGUCAACGCACACGGCACCUUCCUCUGGGUGGCCCUGGUCUGCCAGGAACUCGCCACUACCCCGGGAUGGAAGGCACAAAAGAAGCUGACGGUGUGUCCGCCAGGGCUCGAUGCACUCUACGGACGGAUGAUGGACCAGAUCUGCAAAUCCGAAGAUGCUGCGCUUUGCAAAGACAUACUCGCCAUCCUCUCGGUCGUGUACCGGCCUAUCACACUGGAUGAGCUAACGGCCCUCGUCGAUAUGCCUGACGGUGUCUCUGGCAAUUACGAAGCUCUAGCAGAGAUUUCCGCAAAAGACUAUUUGCUCAAACAGACCCGUGAGGAGAUCUUCCCUUCUGGGAUAGAAGACAUACACCGUACCAUCUUCUCACGAUCCCUUCGAGUCAUGAGGGAAACAUUGCGACGCGACAUCUACAACCUUGGCGCUCCCGGAUUUCCUAUCGACCAAGUCACACAACCCAAUCCAGAUCCAUUAGCUACGGCCCGGUACUCGUGCGUCUAUUGGAUUGACCAUAUGCGGGACUGUGAUCCCAGCAAGAACGCGAAGGACCUCCAGGAUUGUAGCUUGAUCGAUAGCUUUCUACGCCAGAAAUAUCUCCACUGGCUCGAGGCUCUUAGCCUGCUAAGAAGCAUGUCAGAAGGAGUAGCUUCUAUGUUGAGGCUUGAGGGUUUGCUUCAGGCAGGAGAAGAAAUAUCACCUCUUAUCGACCGAGCCCGAGAUGCUAGUCGAUUUAUCCGAUAUCAUAAGUGGGCAAUCGAGAAUAGCCCUCUUCAAGUAUACGCUUCAGCACUUGUAUUCAGCCCGGCCCGCAGUAUAACAAGGUAUCAGUUUAAAAAGGAGGAGCCAGAAUGGAUCAUUAGAAAACCAGCUAUUGCAGAUGAUUGGAGCGCAUGCCUACAAACGCUUGAGGGCCAUAGCGACACGGUCUGGUCGGUGGCCUGGUCGCACGAUGCGGCGCGGCUCGCGUCGGCGUCGGCCGAUAAGACGGUCAAAAUCUGGGAUCGGGCGACGGGCCAGUGCCUGUCGACGCUCUAUGUCGGUCGAACUCCUCAUUAUCUUCAAUUCGAUGCAUCUAGCUUUGACCUUUUGCAUACCGAGCGUGGCACAUUCGACUUACGAACCGUCGUAAUUUCUACAGUCUUAGACCCUGCCUCUCCCAAUCGUUUCUCUCCACUCGCCGUUGGAUAUGGCUUGAGCAGCAACCAUGACUGGAUCACAUAUCAAGGACAAAAACUCCUGUGGCUGCCGCCCGAGCAUCGGGCAUCAUGUUCAGCUAUAUCCGGAACGGUUGUGUCAAUAGGCUGUUCUUCAGGCCGCAUCUUAAUCCUGACACUCUUAGACAGCAAUCCGAUUUCGUAG